UCUGAAAAAUAUCUGGAACAGAAACAGAAGCAUCACUUGAACUUUGAAUAUAGAGAAAAUGGACACCACUGCAUCCUUUAAAGCUUGGUCAACUUUUAUAGGGUUGUCCUCUAGCUCUACAACUGCAAAUUUGAAGCUCCCACCAACUCCAUUUCUCAAGCUGAAUACACCCAAUUUGAGUUAUUGUGGGAUCAUACAUCAUAAGCGACCCAAUUGGCCAAAGUCCUUGUCACUGCGCUCAAAAUCUGGGCUUGGUGGAGUUGGCCCUUUGGAAAUGGCAGAGGAUUGGAAUCGCACGGCUCUUCUUGUAAUCGACAUGCAGAAAGAUUUUAUAGAAGAUGGGGGUUCUCUGCUAGUAAAAGGAGGGAAAGACAUUGUCCCAAAUGUGAUUAAGGCUGUGGAAGUUUCCAGGCAGCGUGGAAUUCUCAUAGUUUGGGUAGUGCGUGAACAUGAUCCCUUAGGAAGAGAUGUUGAACUCUUUCGUCGGCAUCUAUAUGCAGCAGGGAAAGUUGGUCCAACAUCUAAAGGAAAUGUAGGUGCAGAAUUAGUUGAUGGGCUAGUAAUCAGAGAAGGGGAUUAUAAACUUGUGAAAACCAGGUUUAGUGCAUUCUUUGCUACACACCUUCAUUCAGUGCUUCAAGGAGCAGGAAUUAAUAGACUGGUGAUCACAGGUGUUCAAACUCCAAACUGUAUCAGGCAAACUGUCUACGAUGCCGUAGCAUUGGACUAUCAACCUGUAACUGUUAUUGUUGAUGCCACAGCGGCGGCCACACCUGAUAUUCAUCUUGCCAAUGUGUUUGACAUGAAAAAUAUUGGAGUCGCAACCCCAACAUUACAAGAAUGGAGCGAAUCCAAAGCUUGAUCUGCAUGGACCAUGCAGCUGUUUGCAUCCUGUUGGUGUUCAAUUCCAAGACUCAAAAGGUGUUGAUGUAUUUGGCAAUUCAAAAUGUAAAAUGAAGGGAAACUAUGUAUACUGCUUUACUUGGCUACUACAACAUAAAAUG